AUGGAACAUUCUCCCAUCUUCCUCCUCCUCUCCACCGUCCUCCUCCUCCUCACAGCCAUUCCCGGAACCCUAUCUCAGCCGGCCGCCGCUCCGGCCCCACCAGGACCCACAAACGUCACCAAAAUCCUCGAGAAGGCUGGCCAAUUCACAGUCUUCAUCCGACUACUCAAAUCCACCGGCGUCGCUAAUCAACUCUACGGCCAGCUCAACAACUCCGACAACGGAAUCACUAUCUUCGCACCGAGCGAUUCUUCGUUCUCCAGUCUCAAAGCCGGAACCCUUAAUUCCUUGACCGACGAACAACAAGUAGAGCUAGUUCAGUUUCAUGUCAUACCAAGUUAUGUCUCUUCCUCAAACUUCCAAACAAUCAGUAACCCUCUCCGGACUCAGGCCGGUGACUCCGCCGAUGGACAUUUCCCUCUCAACAUUACAACCAGUGGAAAUACCGUAAAUAUUACCUCCGGUGUAACCAACACAACCGUCUCCGGCAAUAUCUACAGCGAUGGACAGCUCGCUGUUUAUCAGGUCGAUCAGGUCUUGCUUCCUCAGCAAGUUUUCGACCCUCGUCCUCCCGCGCCGGCCCCUGCUCCAUCGGUCUCGAAAUCGAAGAAGAAAAAGGACGACGACGGUGAUAGUUCCGAUGAUGGUUCUCCGGCGGACGCAUCGUUCGCUUUGCGUAAAGUUGGUUCUGUUCGUAACGCGGUGUCGUUUUGCGUCAUUAGCAUAUCGCUCGCAUGGUUUUAUUUGUGA